UAAGACAAUAAAUGUGAAAAUAAUUGUGGGGUCUGAAUACCUUUUCAAGGCCCUGUAAUUGUGCUGUAAUAAGAUCUAACUUUCACGUUUCAAUGGGUUCUGUGUUCCAUUGUAAUAAUAGUUUGAAGUAACUUCAAUGUGAAUGAACAUGUUUUAUUCUGCAGAAAACUGAUCCGUGUGGUUGAUUCUGUAGAUCAUUUUCAGAAGUCUCACAACAUUUUCCCCUCACGCUCACCUAUAAGAGACUGUAGAGCUCUGAGGUGCUGGAGGAUCAGGGUAUCCUGUUGCUUCACAUGCAAAAGGCUCAAGAACAGUAUGCCCAAAAAUGGAAAAGCUUACAAAAAGUGGGGGAUACGGCCCACAAAAAAACCUUCCCCACCGUUGUGCACAUCUACAAGAAAGCAGAAUCUUUAAUCAAGGACCCCUUCUCACAGCUGCUAUCAGGAAGGAGGAACAAGAGACUUAGGCCCCACACCACUAGGUUCUGGAACAGUUUUUACCCAUCAGCCAUUGGGCUCCUGAACCAGAGUGGAUAACUCACUCAACCCAACACUGAACUGAUUUCACAACCUAUGAAUUCACUUUCAAAUCGCGUUCUCAGUAUUAUUUAUUAACUUAUUUGUUUUUCACAGUUUGUCUUUUGCACAUUAGUUGUCAGUUUUUGUUUUAGUUUUUCGUUGAUUCGAUUGUAUUUGUUUGUUCUACUGUGAAUGCCUGCAAAAAAAUUAAUCUCAGGAUAGUGCACCGUAUAAUGAUAUAUACGUACUUUGAUAAUAAAUCAAAUUUGACCUCUGAACUUUGAAAUGGUUGCAUGCAGAUACAGCAAAGUAAUUAAGUAAGAUAACAGUCAAGGUGGCAUCUGCAUACAAUGCUCCUUUGCUCAACAUCUUCUGGAUGGAUCAUGAAACUAUAUAUUUCACUUUUUUUUGUCUUUCAUGUUUGCUUUCUUUUUGUUCUGAAUGUGAUUCUACAACCAUAGGAGCCUGUGAUUUGCUGUUUGUUUGGUUGUUCAGCGCUCUGCAAUCUCCGAGAGGAUCCCAAGAGGCAGAGGCAGCGUGUGCGAACCAAGGCUACAGGCGGCAAGCAGAAGUUUGACUCCAUUUCGCCGAUUAAAGCUUCCAUUGUUCGCUGCUUAAAGCGUCAAGAGAGAUUGAAACAUCAAGAUGAUUGGAACUAAACCAGAAGAAGCAAAUGAAGAAGUUGUGGCACUCGUGAACCAGCUGACUGCACAAUUAGAGCAAGAACCAAAAUAUCAACCAAGAAUCAGUGGUUUGAAGGCUAUUGAAUCAGCGCAAGAAAAUGGAAUUCGGAUGACUGUACAUCUGAGAAAUCUUGAAGUUAAGGAUCUUCUAAGUCUGUCCCAGUUCUUUGGAUUUAGCACAGACACAUUCGUCCUGGCUGUCUCUUUACUUGAUAGAUUCUUGGGGCUAAUGAAGGUGCAGCCAAAACACUUGUGUUGCGUUGGCCUUUGCUGUAUGUACCUUGCUGUGAAGGCAACCGAAGAGGAACGCAUAAUUCCACAUGCCAGUGACCUGAUCCGAAUCAGUCAGUACAGAUUCACGGUUUCAGAUAUGAUGAGGAUGGAGAAUAUUAUCCUAGAAAAGCUGCACUGGAGGGUGAAAGGUCCAACUGCUUUGAACUUUCUGCGACUAUACCACAAGUUUAUUCAGAACUGUUCUGUAUCUGAAAGAAAGGAGAUGCUGAACCUUGAUCGACUUGAAUCCCAACUCAAAGCUUGUAGUUGUCACUUUAUCUUCUGCAAGACAAAAGGGUCGAUCUUGGCACUGUCAGUCCUUGCUUUGGAGGUCCAAACUCAAAAAUUGCUUGAUGUAUUGGAGACUAUUGAGAGCUUACAGUUGCAUUCCAAAAUAAGUGAUCUUGAUUUAUUCUACUGGAGGGAACUUGUUGCAAAAUGUUUAGCAGAAUAUUCAUCAUCCACUUGCUCAAGACCAAAUAACAAAAAACUCAUGUGGAUUGUUUCAAGGCGCACGUCUCGGCAGCUUCAAAGUUACCAUCGUGUAAAUCCUCUUCCAACAAUUCCUGAAGUUACCACUAGCACUGAAUAAGAACCUUAACAUAUCACUCAACAAAAGAGAUUGACCAUUGUCACAUUAAGUGCCACAACAGUGAACUGAUUUUUUCACCUUCAGAAGAAGUGACCUUUCAAUUUCUGCAGCUUACUGUGAAACAUCGUGUGGGAUGUGGUUCUGAAAAAUAACACUGGUUACUUUUUUCACUAUUAUUUUCCCAAUAGGAUGCCUAACUAUUUUCGCUUGGUGAUAAUCAUGUUUUGAAAGCUCAUUCAGAUCUUGACUUUGUAUCCCAUCAUCCUUUAUCCAAUCUCAUUAAUUUAAUCUGAACACAUCAGUUGAACCUUUUAACUUUUGCUCUUUUGGGGAUCCAGGUGGAAAUGUAUUGAUUUUUCCCCUGAAGGAAUCUCCAUUAGUUUGAGAAUCAUUGUAAUGUGAUGACUUCCUUUAUUUAGUUCUAUCCUUUACUGAAAGUUUGAAUUGCAAUAAGAUGCCAGAUGUAUCUGUAAAUUGACUGGAAAUAGAUUUAUUUGCAGUUAAUCUAUGAAGGCUACUUUUUAAGAUUUAAUGUAUGAUAAGUCUUGAUUUGAAAGAUUUGCAGAUAUAAAUUUUGCUGGUUUUGAAAAGACUUUAGAUGAGGAAAAUCAUAUUUGCUCUUUACUUCCAGUUGCACAUCUCUAUCUAAUCGUUGUUAGUAAGCAGUUGAGUUGAAAGGUGUGUUCUAUAAAUUCAGGUGUUAUGCCAAGAGGUUCGUGUUUUAUUAUCCACACCUUAAGUUAUUUAGUAAUUUACUUGCACUUGAAACGGGUUACCUUGCGUAUAUUUCUAACUGAAAAAGAAGAGUAUAAUUAGCUAAUGAUCUCAUUCAUCUGGAUGACUUAACUUGUAAUUUAGGGGAUUUAAAAAUAGUUUUUUCUCAGCCGAGCUCACAAUGAGCAUUAAUUCUCCAUUUAGUGACUUUACGGAAGGCCUUUAUUCAAGAAGAGUAUUAGUAGAUGUCAAUAUUCUCUGUGCGUAAAACUGGUAUAUUAGCCAUGCCUCACCAGUAUUCUACACUUUACCCAGUCGUUGAUUGGCCUACAUUAAGGAAUUAGAACACGGCAACACCAAUGUUCAUUUCAGCCACUUCAAAACAUUUCUCAAAAGUUUCAGAGUUCUCUUGUAGAGAAAAAUAGGGGAAAUGGAAGUUUCUUGAUGUAACAUUCUCAAUGUGUUGAGAUAAAAAGAACAUUUUGAAUAUUGCCUGAGCACUUAUGGAUUUGGGAGAUUUUCUGACUACCUCUAGAGUUUAGUACUGUUUUUCAUAGGAAUUUUGUAUUGUUAUGGGCAGCUAUUCACUCGAUUGUUGUGUAGUAGACAGUUGCUGUGCUUUGCUUUACUUAAAAUUUAAACAUUGUUUAGGGUUUAUUUGAACUUACAAAACAAUCCAGAGAAAAAACAUAAUUUUAACAAGUGUGAGCUCUUGCACUGUAAGAUUGUUACCUGGCAAAGAUAUUGGACUGGGGCUUUGUCACUCAUUAAUACUAUAUUUGUAAUUCCUGAUAACAUGUAUACUUGGAGUAGAAAUUCCCUUGGUCACAAAUGUUAGUAAACUUUGGAUUUUCAGUAUGUUGGCUGUUGUAUCAAAACCAUAAAGAAGUUAUUCUAUAAAAUCAACCGUGAUGUUCUUUGUUAAAGGGAAAGAUAGGAUUUCUGAUCAACGAGAUCAAAAAUACUGAAGUAGAAGGAUGCUAUAUCUAUUGCAUGUGCUGAGGGCUCCCAACUUGGGAAUGGGAAUUGAUGCCAAAGGGCUGCAUAUUAUAAUCUUAUAAAUAAUGCUUAUAUACUUCAUAUCUGAAGGGUUCUCAGCAUGCCUUUUGUAUUCAAUACUUGAUGUCACUGUGUUGACUUUGCUGGAUAAUGUUUGCCUUUGACCAUGUUGCCAAUUAAUUUUGGCUCUGGUGGUUUAAGUUAGUAGGUAAUCAGCAGCAACAUUUUAUUUACUGUAAUCUGAAAAGCGUGCAACAGUCUUAAACAGAGUUGAACCACAAGAUUAAAUAUUCCCAAAUUGUGAAAUUAUGCCAGUGAGUGUACGUGUCUAGGAGUUGCUAGAAACAAAGUGGUUUAGAAUCAGAUUUAGCUGCCCUUUAAACCUUAACGUGUGCAGAGUUGACUGAGAUCAGGGGGUAGAGUCUCAGAAUAAAAGAAUAUCCCUUUCGAACAGAGAUGAGGGGGAAUUUCUUCAGUCAGAGGGGGAUGACCUGUGGUAUUCCUGGCCACAGAUAGCCCUGGAGACAAAGUCCUUGGGUAUAUUUAAAGCAGAAGUUGAUGGGUUUAGUAAGAGUGUCAAAGGUUAUGGGAGAAAUGCAGGACAAUGAUGAGAGAUAGUAAAUCAGCCCCAAUUGGAGCAGAUUUGAUGGACCAAAUGGCCUAAUUCUGCUUUUUUUUGGGGGGGGGGGGGUGGAGAAAUGGAAAGAAAGACUAUAUCUGCCCAAAAUGACAGGUGAGAACUGGCCUGAUCAAAAAUGUCUUCCUUUCAGCCCAGUAGCAACUUGGAGAGCUUCUGUAAGUGAAUUGUAUCCACACUGCUGGUGUGUUGCUGAACCUUUUCUAGCUUCAGUUUCUGCAGACUGAUUACCUUGUCCCAGUUACUGCUUCUGAUUAAGGCCAGUGAGUCUGGAAUUUAGUUGUUGUCACAGCUGCCUGUUCUUGCAAUUAGUACAUUCUGAUAUAGCUACACAAUCAGUUGAUAAAUUUAGAAAGUGUUAUGCAGGAAGAAAAACUGGAAACCUUUAUACUGGCUACGUGAUUCAGAAUGUAAAUUUUUCCACUCUCUUAUUUUGUUUCAAAAUCUUUAAACCAGUGUAUGAGGAAAACUAUGUUUGACGUCAAACUGGUGAAAAUGUUAAUAUAUUUAAACUUUUAUAGAACAUCGUUAAGACCCUGCUGGGGAGGUGUCUUUUGUCCCUUUUUAGUGCUAUUCAUUUAACUAACUUGUUAAUGAUAGCUUGCAGCUCUGUUUUAACUUAUUUAAACUGAACAUGUGUUUUAACGAAUGAAUUGAUCAGUGCAAUAUAAACUAGUUUACAACCUACAAGGGGAAACAAAAGUUACAAACAACUGAAUUUUUUUCUGUCAUUGUAUUUAAGCUUGAACAAUUUAUAUUCUAAAGAUGAGCCUUUUCAAUAAUAGUUUACAUUGUGCAUUGUGGUGAUGACCUAGCCUUUAGGGGAAGAGAAUAAUACUUUAAACCUAUUGAUGCAGUAGUACUCUAAAUACUAUUGCUGAUAAGUAUCUCAGUGCAGUGUAUUUGUCUUUGUAUUAAUUCUUAGUUUGUCCCCAAACUUCAAUAUAAGUUCUGAAGUAUGACCAUUUUAUUCAAUAAACACUUGCAUUUCCAUAA